AUGAUUGAAGAAGAUAAAGAAAUAUUACAAGAAGCUGAAAUAAUUUGUGAUGAUAAUAAAAGUAAAAAGUCUAUUGGAGAUAGAAUGAAAGAAUAUGAAUUAAGUGCGCGUUCAAAAAUUGAUCCAUCUCUACCUGCAAUUAUGAGAAUAGAUGGUCAUUCUUUUUCUAAAUUUACUAAAGGUCUUAAAAAGCCGUAUGACGAAUGGUUACACAAAUUAAUGGUUGAAACAACAGCAGCUUUAAUAUCUGAAUUUAGUUUUAAUAUUGGCUAUACUUAAUCUGAUGAAAUAACUUUAGUAUACUUACCUUCUUUUGAUAAGAGUGGAAAAUUAAAUGACUAUCCGUAUGCCAAUCAAAUCAUGAAACUUGUUUCCCUAAGCUCAGCAUUUGCUACAAACUAUUUUACAAGAGGAAUUUAAAGAGGAAUAUAAGACAAAACUAUUAAUUUAGAGGAUUAUUAAGAAUCAACUAUUACUAAGUUAUAAAAUCCAAAAUGCUAUUUUGAUAGUCGUAUUUUUAACGUUCCUUCAAUACAGGAAGUUUACAGCAAUAUUUACUGGAGAUCUUGUUACGAUUGCAUCAAAAACUCUGUAAGUAUGGUUGCAUAUGUUCACUUUCCUGUAAAAUUAACUGAUGGUCUUCAUACCCAAGCUAAAAUAAAAAAACUAUUAGAAGAAAAAAAUAUAGAUUGGAAUAAAGACUUCUCAAAUCAUUUCAAAUAUGGAACUUUUAUAAAGAAAAGAUAAUUUGAAAUAGAUCUACCUCUAGAGUACUAAAAGUUUAAGAAAGAUAGUUCAAAUCAAAAGGUUAAUAGAACUGAGACAGUUGCCUUUUCUUAUAAUUUCUCUGGAAAUAAAUUUAACGAGGAUACUAAAAACAUACUUUUUGAAAAAUACAUUGACUAAAAAUAUUUUGAAAAUGACUCUAUUUUCAAGUUACAAGAAGUUUACACAAUAAAUAUUUAAUGA